UUGUAUAUCGGUUUGUUCGUCUGCAUCAGGUAAGCGGUUCAGUGCGAGACAACAAUCCAUACAAUAUUUUGCUAGACGUCUGAGCAGUUUGAGAGUUCUUACUGCACAUUGGCCCACACUUUGGACUUGCGUUAAUUAAUAUCACAUAAAAUGUUCGAACUGUCGGCAACAUCUGUGUUUCUAGGAGUGGUGAUUUUUCUCCUCUGCUUCUGGGUCGUCCGGAGACCCAAGAACCUCCCACCUGGGCCAUGGUCGCUCCCAAUCAUCGGGUAUAACUUUAAACCAGGUCUUAUCCACGAAGCCUUCAUGGACCUGGCUAAGAAGUACGGCCCUAUUUUCAGUUUGCGGAGAGGUUCGUUUGUCUUCGUUGUUCUGAAUGACAGGGAGAGUAUCACACAGGCUCUGGUAAAGUCAGGAGAAUUCUUCUCGGAUCGGUUUGUACCGGGACACUUUAAUUGGGGAAUACCUGAUCCUGGAAAGAAAGCUACCAUUGCUCAUAGUAAUGGCAAACCAUGGGUCGACUUACGGAGGUUCUCUCUUCCUGCUCUGCGCUCCUUUGGAUUUGGGAAGCAGAGCCUGGUACCUCAGAUUAAUCUGGAGGCACGUUACCUGUCAGAGGAAAUCAGAAAUCUUCGUGGAGAACCCACAGAUUUAUUAACCACAUUUAGCAAGGCAACCGCUAAUAUCAUUUGUCAACUUCUAUUUAGUCAGAGAUACGAAUACAGUGAUGGCGAGAUGAGCAGGGUUCUUGAGCGUAUGAACGAAACCCUCACCCUCAUUCCGGAAACGGAUCUAGUGAACAUCUUCGAACCACUCAUACAUACAUCAAUUCAAAGAUACAAGCGCUACCGUGAAUCUAUUUUCUCUGACAGGGAUUUCAUUAUGUCCCAUCUCAAAAGCCAUCAAGAAACGUUUCAGAAAGACAACAUUCGGGACUUCACUGACGCGUUCUUAGCAGACGACAUAUCCAAGGAAUUCAAGUUGGAGCAUUUCUGGCGAGUUUUGCUUGAUUUCUUUGCAGGUGGUACCGACACCACGGCGGUGGUUACCUCUUGGGCGAUUCUGUUUCUAUCUGUUCACCCAGAUGUUCAAAGAAAGGUACAAACUGAGUUGGAUACUGUUGUUGGGCGUGGCCGCCAACCGAAUACUCUUGAUCGUCCAGACCUGCCCUACUGCAAUGCUACUCUAACAGAGGUCAUGCGAAUACGCCCAGUCCUCCCGGUCUCAGUUCCCCAUAUGACAUCAGAUAACGUUUCAUUCCGAGGCUUUACGAUUCCAAAGGGAAGCAUCAUUAUUCCAAACCUGUAUGCUGUUCAUCAUGAUCCCAAGGAAUGGAAUGAACCAGACAAAUUUAACCCGGAUCGUUUUCUCAGUGCUGAUGGAAAACAAUUCCAGAUGAACGAUGCGUGGAUGCCAUUUGGUGUUGGUCGUCGUGAUUGUGUUGGUAGUCAGCUGGCCAAAAUGGAAGCCUUCCUCCUGUUUACCAAUCUCUUCCAGCAGUUUGAAUUCAAGCUUCCUCCUAACCAACCAACCCCGAGCAUGUGUGGAGCAAACGGGAUCACCAUGAAGCCAAAACCCUACAAAAUUUGCGCCAUCGAGCGCUGAUUUUGUUCUCAUUCGCUGCAUUAAUCUUCCGAUGCAACUUCUUUGUCACUGAGAGAAAUGCGAUUGUUUAACAUUUCACGUCUAAUUUGAAGGUUUAUUUUGGCAUAUUAUCUCUUAGUGAAGUAUAUUUUCACUAGUCAUCCCCGAUCAUAAAUGUUUAGAACAAAACUUAUUUAGUUUUCUUAUGUAUAUGCAUUAUUCAUUUUGUAUUAAUAUAUGUCUAUCAUAAUGAUAUUCAUCUUGGUUAUAUUUGUUUUUGUAUAUUAUACACGAUUAUUGAUUUCGAUUUCAUAGGCUUUAUAAAUGGGAAAACUCGACGUACAACAGUUCUCCACAUAUAAUAAAUAAUUUUGGCUAUGAAGGAAGAUGGCAAAGAUAAGUAAGGUGAAUAGGGUGACAAAUAAUGAAGUUUUGCAGAGAGAGGGGGGGGGGAGCGGAAGUUAGUAACAAAAUGGAAGGAGAGACUGAAAAAAUGGAUUGAGCAUUUUCUACGUCAUGAUGGACUCCUGAGAGAUAUCAUGAAUACAUUUUGCAACAUUUGUAUCACCCAUUUCAAUCCUCAGCUCUGCCCGAUGGGGCCCGGUGCCCGUAAGGGUAUUAAAAAAAAUCAUACAUACUUAAUGAUGAAGGAAAGAUCUCAGGCCAGAAAAGAAUGAAGUUGUUGUCAUUCCC